AUGUACACGUCGUUACUGCGUAAGAACUUACGAGCUCAGCAGCUUCACGCUAUGAAGUACGUGCAGUUGUCGCCACCUGUUAUCUCCUCUUCUUUGACUCAACGUACCUUUGCUAAUGCCAACGCGGCAUCGCUUGACAUUGAAAAAUUUGGCAUUACAAAUGCCAAGACUCAAGUGCAUCAUAAUUUGAGCUAUGAAGAGAUUGCUUCUCAUGAGAGAAAGAAUGGAGAGGGUGCAUUUAUUAAGAAUGGCACGUAUACGAUUGAUACAGGCAAAUUCACAGGUCGUUCACCGAAAGAUAAGUACAUUGUUGAUCAGACACCGUCAAACAAGAAGAUUUGGUGGGGUGAUAUUAAUCAACCAGUGAGUGCCAAAAUAUUUGACGAGCUAUAUGAACAUGUGACGAAGCAUUACAGCUUGGCUGAUAAGGUCUAUGUCUUUGAUGGCUACGCUGGUGCCAAUCCAGUCUCACGCAAGAAAGUACGCUUUAUUACAGAACUUGCAUGGCAGCAUCAUUUUGUAACCAAUAUGUUUCUACGUCCAACGAGUAAGGAAGAAAUUACUGACUUUAAACCGGACUUUACCAUUGUAAAUGCUUGCAAGGUUACAAACAAGGAGUAUAAGAAACAUGGCCUUAAUUCAGAGGUAUUUGUUGCUUUUAACAUUGAAAAGAAUGUUGCUGUCAUUGGAGGCACAUGGUACGGUGGUGAGAUGAAGAAGGGUAUUUUCUCUAUGAUGAAUUACUGGCUGCCUCUAGACGGCAUCAUGGCCAUGCAUUGUUCGGCCAAUAAGGGGAAAAAUGGCGACACGGCUCUCUUUUUUGGUCUGUCGGGAACGGGUAAGACGACUCUGUCGGCUGAUCCGCACCGUAACCUUAUUGGUGACGACGAGCAUGGAUGGGAUGACGACGGAAUCUUCAACUUUGAGGGCGGAUGUUACGCCAAAACAAUCAACCUGAGCCGCGAGAACGAGCCGGACAUUUACAACGCCAUCAAGCGAGAUGCUUUGCUGGAAAACAUCUUUGUGGACACUGAGACGAAGGAGCCGGACUUUUACAACACGUCCAAGACGGAGAAUGGCCGUGUGUCGUACCCCAUCUAUCACAUCCCGAACCAUGAACCUACCUCAAGAGGUGGUCAUCCGUCCAACAUUGUGUUCCUGACUUGUGACGCCUACGGUGUGCUACCGCCCGUGUCCAAGUUGAGCGAUGGCCAAGCCAUGUAUCACUUCCUGUCGGGUUACACGGCCAAGGUUGCUGGCACGGAGCGUGGGGUGACGGAACCCACGGCUACUUUCAGUGCAUGCUUCGGCGCGGCCUUCUUGCCCCUGCACCCGACCAAGUACGCUGAUCUGCUGCAACAGAAGUUGAAGAAGCACAACACCGCUGUCUAUCUCGUCAACACAGGCUGGACGGGUGGUGGUUACGGCGUUGGCAAGCGCAUGAGCAUCAAGAUCACGCGUGCGUGCAUUGACGCCAUUUUGGACGGGUCUAUCAAGAGCUCCGAGUUUUCGGAGGACCCUAACUUUGGGUUCCAGGUGCCGAAGAAGCUGAGUGACAUCCCUGAGAAUGUGCUGAACCCGCGCGAAGCGUGGAGCGACAAGGCUGCUUAUGAUGUUACGGCUCGGAAGCUAGCCAAUAUGUUUAAGGACAACUUUAAAAAGUACGUGUCGGCAGACGUCACGGAUUACUCGAAGUUCGGUCCCCAGGUGUAG